AUGAAUCGUAUGUUAAGGCUUCUUGGAUUGUUAUGUUUUCUUUUGUCCUCCUGUAGCUCUCCUUUUCAGACUGAGCAAUUACCUAUUCAAGCACCUACUUUUAUUGGUGGUUUACGUCCAGCAGAGGUGGUUGUGCCGCGAGAAUAUGACCAUAAAGAACGUUACCCACUUAUUAUCCUUUUGCAUGGUUAUUCUGCUACUGCACGUCUUAAUGAUCUUAUUUUUCAAUUAGAAAGACGUGUAGAUAUAGCUGAUUUUAUUUUGUUGCUACCUGAAGGUACUGAAAAUCCAGAUGGUGAUCAAUUUUGGAACGCGACGCCAGAAUGUUGUGACUAUUUUGGUCAAGGAGUUGAUGAUGUUGUAUAUCUAACAGCACUUAUUGAAGAGGCAAAAGCAACAUUGGCAGUAGACCCUCAGCAUGUUGUUCUACUUGGGCAUUCUAACGGUGGCUAUAUGGCCUAUCGAAUGGCUUGCGAAUAUCCAAAGUUGUUCAAACGUAUUGUUGUUGUAGCAGGAUUAUCUUUUUUGAACCCUCAAGAUUGUUUGGGCCAGGAUCCUGUAUCGUUAGUACAUGUUCAUGGCACGGAAGAUGAAGUUGUUUCUUAUGACUUAGGUGCUGAUGAGGUCUCGCGCUGGUUAUCUAAGGGUGGUUGUGAUACAGGUUUUAGUUUGAUGGCAACCAAAGAUUUUAAUAGUGGUCUUAUGGGUGAAGAGACAGAGAUCCUCAUUGUACGGGGACACGAGGUUUGCAACUUUUUCGUGUAA